CGCAACCCCCCGGCUCCGCCACUCGAGCUCCCCCGUGCGCUCUGCCCCGGGGAGGCGGCGGCGGCGCCGGCUGCUCCCUGCACCCGGAGCUGUCCCUGUGCCCGCGGCUGCCGGUUCCCCGCACCGGCCAUGCCGGGGCCGCGCCGGGACCGCCCGGUUGUGCUGCUGCUGCUCGGAGCGCUGCUGGCGGCCGAUCUCUACUUCCACCUCUGGCCGCGGGCGCGGCGGGAGCUGGCGGGGGAAGUCCCGGGCUGUCCCUGUCGCCGCCGCCGCCCCGCGCCCGCCGCCCCCCCGCCCCGCGCCCGCGCAGCCUCCGCGCUGCGGCGCCUCUUCGCCCACCCGCUGUACCGCGCCGCCGCCCCGCCGGGCCCCGCCGAGCCGCUGCUGGGCCCCCGCGAAGCCCUGCGCUACUACCGGCGGAAGGCGGCUCGUUGGAACAGGCGACACAAGCUGUACCGGGAGGAGCUGAACCUCACGUCACCGGUGGCACCGCUGCCCCUGCGGCCAGAGGCCAGUUGGCUCCAGUUCCAUUUGGGCAUCACCCGGGACGGGCUCUACCCCCGUGCCAGCCCCAUCAUCAACCGGCUCCUCCAGGACAUGCAGGACCUCACCACCAUCAGCGCCGAUUACAGCCAGGACGAGAAGGCGCUGCUGGGGGCCUGCGACUGCAGCCAGGUGGUGAAGCCCAGCGGUGUGCACCUGAAGCUGGUCCUCAGGUUCCAGGAUUUUGGGAAAGCCAUGUUCAAGCCCAUGAGGCAGAAACGAGAGGAAGAGACACCCGAGGACUUUUUCUACUUCGUUGACUUCCAGCGGCACAACGCUGAGAUCGCCGCCUUCCACCUGGACAGGAUCCUGGAUUUCCGGAGGGUUCCCCCCACAGUCGGGAGGUUAAUCAAUGUCACCAAGGAGAUCCUGGAGGUCACCAAGAACGAGAUCCUGCAGAGCGUGUUCUUUGUCUCACCAGCCAGCAACGUCUGCUUCUUCGCCAAGUGCCCGUACAUGUGCAAGACAGAGUACGCGGUGUGUGGGAACCCUCACCUCCUGGAAGGGUCCCUCUCCGCCUUCCUGCCGUCCCUGAACCUGGCGCCACGACUCUCCAUCCCAAACCCAUGGAUCCGCUCCUACUCAUUUGACGGAAAAGAGGAGUGGGAGGUGAAUCCGCUCUACUGUGACACGGUGAGGGAGAUCUACCCCUACAGCAGCGGCAACCGGCUGCUGAACAUCGUUGACAUGGCCAUAUUUGACUUCUUAAUAGGGAACAUGGACCGUCACCACUAUGAGAUGUUCACCAAGUUUGGGGACGAUGGCUUCCUCUUACAUCUGGACAACGCCCGAGGGUUCGGGCGCCAUUCCCACGAUGAACCCUCCAUCCUGGCCCCACUGUCGCAGUGCUGCGUAAUAAAGAGGACAACAUUACUACGACUCCAGCUCUUGGCUGAGGCCGAAUAUCGGCUCAGCGACGUGAUGAGGGAAUCGCUCCUCCAGGACCGCCUGGCCCCCGUCCUCACUGAACCCCAUCUCCUGGCGCUGGACCGACGGUUACAGCUCGUCCUGGCAGCCGUCGGAAAAUGCAUAGACACGUAUGGAGAAGCCAAGGUGGUGGCCAACGACACCGCGCAGCCCGAGCCUCUCGCGUCCGACAGAGCGAAGCCGACCACCUAAACAGCCCUUCGCUCCUGCUCGGGGGUAGGGAAAACCCCUGCAAGGCAAGCGGCAGGUUUGAAUAGCUGGUGGUUUCCACUUACAAACGCUUGCAGAGACUGAGAGGGGAAACUCUGCAGAUCUUCAAGAAUCGCACUGGGCUUCUGUGCUGGGUGCCCAAGCAAAGCUGCUGCGCUUGGCCGGGGAGUUGUGGUCUGAAUGCAGCGGAUCUUUACACCCCGAGCACCAGCUCUGGUGGAAAAAGCAGAGAUAUCUCCCGUUCUACGCUCGGUCGUGCCCUUGGGAGGGUGGGGGAACACGUGGCCGCUGGUUUGCUGAACCUGCACGGGAUCGCGGUCUUGCUAGCGAAGGACACCAACUACAUCCAGGGAUGAGGCCCGAAUAAAGAGAUGCCAAGAGAA